GUUGGCUUAGAAAUGCAGAGAUGACGGCUGCGUAAAACCCAGUCGAAACCUUGAUUUCCCCCCUCCCUCCUCUACAUACACCGAUACACACGCUUAUGCUGUUCAUAUUCCGGCGAGUGGCGUAUACAUACAGUCUUCGUCUUGGUUUUUGCCGCCCAUGCUUUCUCUCAGGCCCUCGAUCGCAUGACCUCUCCACCGACGUUGCGGGCUGCGACGGCGGGUUUUUCGGCUUCCAAUGACUCUUGGCCAUUCUUCCGCUGCCAAUUCUUCCGUCUUCCAUCGAUCCCUCUCCGCCGUGGUAGCCGGAGCUGAUCUCCAUAAGCGGAAGCUCGACGAUUUCGCCUCCUCCCCUGAUUACGGCGAUCAAUUUCAAGAUAGGAUGAAGAAGCACGAGAUCGAGGGCGGUUUCGCGUCGACGUAUGGAUUUCCCCGGGCCCGGCUCCUGCCGUUGGCGGAGGCGGCGGCGGCGGCGGCGGAGUGUUCUUCUUCUUGCGAGUCGUCGACUCGGGCUGAACUAGAGACCGAGUCGACUCGGUUGCAGUUCUUUGUGAGGAUGAUGUCGGUUGGGAAAACGAUCGUGGUGCAGGCGGACAAGAACGACACCGUCGAGCAUCUCCACCGGAGGAUCGAGCUCAUGACGGGGAUUCCGAUGAUCGAGCAGCGGUUGAUUUACCGUGGGAAGCAGCUACGGUACGAGCUGUCGCUGGGUGAUUAUGACAUUGAGAAGGAUGCGUUGCUCAAUCUGGUCGGUCGGAUGCGAAGCACGGAGCAUCCCUUGGCUUGGCAAGUGAUCGACGAUAUGAUAUCCAACGUUUGCAGGAUGUGCAGAGGUGAACCACUCAUGGAGGGUACUUCGUCCAUCGAGGAGAAGUUAGCGGUGUUCUUUGCGAUAAUGCCGAGGGACAACAGUGACACAGCUGCUGGCUAUUUGCGGAUCUUCUUAGCCUCCUCAGCACCGGCUGCGCUGGUAAUGCUGUAUGCUUCUUCUAUAGAAGUUAACAGCUUGUAUGCCGAAAGCUCCAUUGAUCGUUUCCUGACUAGUUGUAGAAGCUUGCCCAAGUCAUUUUACAGUCACUGUAUACCGACGGUGUUAGAGUUUUGCAAAUUGCUUAGGAAAGUUGCCCCUGACCAAAAGUUGUACGUGUCUUGCCGGAAAACCUUGGGUUCAAUGCUGGAGUGGAUAGAGGGUUUUAGUGGAUUGAAGCAUAAAAAUGAUGGUGAAGGGAUAAUUUUUGUUCAGGAGAUUUUUCCGUUCAUCAGAGAAUUGGCUGAUAAAAUUAUGAAAGACUUGGUCUGCAGUAUGGAUUCAGUCGGGAAGUCGGAGACUUUGUCUGGUGAUGUUCGUGAUUUGUCAACCUUCUUACUUCCCUUGAGGAGGGCCAUCUUUUCCAGAGCUGGCUUCCUGGCGCCUAUUACUUUACCUGUGCAGAAAAGAGGAAGUGACUAUUCUGUAUUGGAGCAGGAGAUUGGGUAUCUCCAUGUGAUAUUCAAAAACUUGUUGAAUGCAAUGGAGAACUGUCUGGACAAAGUAGAACAAUGGCUAGGUGAUAAAAGAGUUCAAGAUAGUAAAACUAUGUCUGCAUCUUGGUCCGAUUAUCUUGCCGUUUUGAAGGUAAUCAAUUCGAUAACUAAAUUCUAUCAAAGUGCUAAAGAACAACUUUUGGGUGUUCUAAAGUCUAGGAAGGCUUCGGUCUGUGCCCUUAUUACAAGCUUUGCAAAGAAAGCUGAUGAUCACCAAUGGAUUCUUGAGUACAAGGAAGUUACCAACUUUGAAGCUAGGAGGCAUUUGAUAAUGAUGAUGUUUCCUGAUUUGAAAGAAGACUUUGAGGAGCUGCAUGAGAUGCUCAUUGACCGAUCCCAUUUGUUGGCAGAGUCAUUUGAGUACAUAGGGCGAGCAGACCCUGAGUCACUCCAUGGUGGCCUGUUCAUGGAAUUCAAGAAUGAAGAAGCUACAGGUCCUGGUGUUCUGCGAGAAUGGUUCUUCUUGGUAUGCCAGGCCAUUUUUAAUCCUGCAAAUGCUCUCUUUGUUCCAUCUUCUGAAGAUCGUAGAAGGUUCUAUCCAAAUCCAGCAUCCAGGGUGGACCCAAUGCAUCUUGAGUAUUUUACCUUCUCUGGCCGGGUGAUAGCUUUAGCUUUAAUGCACAAAGUGCAAGUGGGCAUACUUCUUGAUCGUGUUUUCUUCAUACAAUUGGCUGGAAUGCAAGUUUCCUUGGAAGAUAUCAAGGACGCUGAUCCUGUUUUGUACAGAGGCUGCAAAGGUAUACUAGAAAUGGAUCCUGAGGAUGUUGAUUCCGAUAUCUUGGGGCUAGCUUUUGCAACAGAAGUUGAGGAACUGGGAAGGAGAAAUGUGGUGGAGCUCUGUCCCGGUGGGAAAUCCAUUGCUGUGAACAGCAAGAACAGACACCAAUAUGUUGAACUUCUUAUAAAGCAUCACUUCGUCACAUCUAUCUCGGAACAAGUAUCACACUUUUCUCGGGGUUUUAACGACAUCCUUUCAGAUCCCAAAUCACAGAGAUCCUUCUUCAAGGGUAUAGAUCUUGAAGAUCUCGAUUGGAUGCUUCGGGGCCAAGAAAAUGGCAUCAAUGUAGAUGAUUGGAAGGCACACACUGAGUACAACGGAUUCAAGGACACUGACAGCCAAAUCGUCGGGUUCUGGAGGAUUGUGGAGGGAAUGACGGAGGGUGAGAAGAAGACACUGCUAUUCUUCUGGACAUCAAUCAAGUUUCUACCGGUGGAAGGCUUUGCGGGAUUAUCAUCGAAGCUUCAAAUCCACAAGCUGUACGAAACUGGAAACCGACUUCCGUUGUCUCACACAUGCUUUUACCGCAUCUGUAUUCCUGUUUACUCAUCACUCGAGAUCAUGGAGCAACGUCUCAGAUUCAUCACCCAAGAUCAUGUCAGCUCCAGCUUCGGCAUCUGGUGAAUACCAAAGUAACUCUCUCUCUUCCCCUGUCUCCUAGAAGCUCUCUCUCUCUCUCUCAUCUCCUGUAUCCUUCCAUAUGUUUCGGAUAAGAAAAGAAAAAGGAGCAGCUUAGUUCAGUUGUUUCUCCGGUUAGAAAGUAGAUUUUUGGUGCGCGUGUGGCUGUACAGUUUCUUAGUUGGGGGGUUAAUGUAUGAGGAUCGCUCAAGUUCAUAUGCCGAAAUGAACAUGGAGGAGAAAGAAGGAGAAGGAGGAGGAGGAGGAGGAGGAGGAGGAGAAGAAUUCACUGUGUAGGGGCAUAUGAUUGGUUAGUGUAAACCAUGAAAGCUAAGAACGGGACAGGUUGUGGAUACCAUCUAACUGAAACGUCCCAUUUGCAUUUGCAUUUGCUUGUACAGUCUCUUGUGGCCAAAACAUAAUGUGUCUGUAAGUAAAAAGGAUUUGUGGAUCAAAUGAUGCAAUGACAUGACAGUGAAAUAACCCCUC